AGCAUAACAUCACGAACCUGCCACCAGUGAUCAUUGUCUUGUGAACGUGUAUUUUCCAGAAUUCGUAGUGAUCGUAUCCUGACACAAAGAAUUGCACUAGUUCACAAAUUUCCUGAAACUAACAAUGGAAUUACCGACUGCAGGCGCUUCACAACCUCAAGCAAUAAGAAUGGCAGGUUCUCCAGUGCUGGAGAACGAAGAUAAGGUUGAAGUUCUUGAUGAACCACUCUUUAGUACUUUAGAUAUUGUUCUCCUCAGUGCCCUUUUACUGGCUGCACUAUGGUGGUUAAUGCGCAGAAACAAACAAGAAACUUAUACGCCAGUUACAAAAUCCUACUCCAUUCAGCCAACAAUGUUCCCUACGGUGCAGCCAUCAGAGAAUUCAUUCAUAAAAAAGCUGAAAACUUCUGGAAGAAGUUUAGUAGUAUUCUAUGGUAGUCAAACAGGAACUGCUGAAGAAUUUGCUGGCAGGCUGGCUAAAGAGGGUAUUCGGUACAAAAUGAAGGGUAUGGUGGCUGAUCCUGAAGAAUGUGAUAUGGAGGAAUUAAUACAUCUGAAAACAAUUCCAAAUAGUUUGGCAGUAUUUUGUUUAGCUACGUAUGGAGAGGGUGACCCUACAGACAAUGCUAUGGAAUUUGUUGAUUGGCUGAAAAAUGGUGAUGCUGACUUGAAUGGACUAAACUAUGCUGUAUUUGGACUUGGAAAUAAAACUUAUGAACAUUAUAAUGAAGUGGCAAUAUAUGUUGAUCACAGAUUAGAGCAACUUGGUGCAACACGUGUUUUUGAAUUAGGAUUGGGGGAUGAUGAUGCUAACAUAGAAGAUGAUUUUAUCACCUGGAAAGAUAAAUUUUGGCCAACAGUGUGUGAAUUCUUUGGAAUUGAAGGUGCAGGCGAAGAUGUUAGUAUUCGGCAAUACAAACUUACUGAACAUGCUGAUUUACCAAUUGAACGUAUUUAUACUGGUGAAAUAGCUCGUCUUCAUUCCUUCAAAACUCAAAGAGCACCAUUUGAUGCAAAGAAUCCUUAUUUAGCUCCUGUGAAAGUCAAUCGUGAACUCCAUGGUCCAACUUCAGAAAGAUCAUGUAUGCAUAUAGAAUUUGAUAUAGAUGGAUCAAAAAUGCGUUAUGAAGCUGGAGAUCAUUUAGCAGUAUAUCCAGUGAAUAAUGCAGAAUUAGUAAAUAAGAUUGGCAAGAAAUGCGGUGUAGAUUUAGACACUGUGUUCACUUUAACAAAUACAGAUGAGGAAUCUACCAAAAAGCAUCCAUUCCCUUGUCCAUGUUCUUAUAGAACUGCUUUGACACAUUAUUUAGAUAUUACUAGCAAUCCACGUACUCAUGUCCUCAAAGAAUUAGCAGAAUAUUGUAGUGAUGCAGAAGAUAAAGAAAAAUUAAAAUUGAUGGCAUCAACCACUGCUGAAGGCAAAGCUGCAUAUCAACAAUGGGUAGUGCAAGAAAAUAGAAACAUUGUACACAUUUUAGAAGAUAUUCCUUCGUUAAAACCAGCUCUAGAUCACUUGUGUGAGCUUUUACCAAGAUUACAGUGUCGUUAUUAUUCAAUUUCUUCUUCACCAAAGUUACAUCCGACAUCGAUUCAUAUUACUGCAGUUGUAGUUGAAUAUAAAACACCUACGGGUAGAAUUAACAGAGGCGUGACGACCAGCUGGUUGAAAGAGAAACAUCCAUCAGAUCCGCCGUGUUAUGUUCCUAUCUUUGUACGAAAAUCUCAAUUUCGUUUACCAACUCGAACAUCAACUCCUAUUAUUCUAGUUGGGCCAGGUACUGGCAUAGCACCAUUUAGAGCAUUCAUACAAGAACGAGAUCUUGCAAAGAAAGAAGGAAAAGAAGUAGGAGAUACAAUUUUAUACUUCGGAUGUAGGAAGAAGGAAGAAGAUUUUCUUUACAGAGAAGAACUUGAAGAAUAUGUAAAGAAUGGUACUUUAAUAUUACAUACUGCAUUUAGCAGAGAGCAGUCUCAGAAAGUGUAUGUUACACAUUUAUUAGAAAAAAAUAAAGACGAAUUAUGGAGAGUGAUCGGUGAACAAAAUGGACAUAUUUAUGUCUGUGGUGAUGCUAAAAAUAUGGCUCGUGAUGUACACAAUAUUUUACUGAAAGUUGUAAUGGAGAAAGGAAAUAUGAAAGAAUUAGAUGCUGCAGAUUAUAUCAAGAAAAUGGACUCGCAGAAGCGUUAUUCGAGUGACGUAUGGAGUUGAAUGAUAAUUUUAAUUUAAUGAAUAUUUAUAAGUUGAAUUUCUGUAAAACUUCUUACAGUAUGCCUUUAUGAAAAGGUAAUUGAGAAGUUUCGUACUAUUGUACGAUGUGCAUGUAAUCAUUUAAAAUGUUAAUUGAUAGAUACAUAUGUUAGAAAAAUCAUACAGACACUAAUUGUACUAUAUGUAAGUAGUUAACGAAUUUGUAUAAAAACAUAUUUUUUCUCCUG